AUGCAUAAAACACAUGAAAAUCGUAAAAAUUUGCCAAUAAAUUUAAGAGGAUAUUAUGUACAUAGACUUUUAGUAAAUGCAGUUGCAAUGUGGGCUUCUCCUCGUUAUGCAUGGCAUGUUUACAGACUUCUUGACGAAAUUCAUAGACAAGAACGUGAAGAGAUGGAAAAGAAACUUCAAGCAAAAGAUGAAGUCAUUGAAGCAAAAGAUGAAGUCAUUGAAUCCAAAGACAAAAGCAUUCAGAAAAGAAUACCACGUUCGGUACCAAAAGGAAAGGAAAAGAACUAUAAGUAUAUGAUUUAUACUGAAGAGAUGGAAAAUGAAGAAGAUAAAGAUAUGGUUAUGUUGCAUUUAGUCAGAAGAAACAACAAAAGCUUUUACGACCUUGCUAAGAUUUACAAAUCUGACAGAAAUUGGUUCUAUCGCGAAAACUUACCGAUUUCAAUGACACCGAAUGAAGAUGUGAAACAAAUAGUUCAAGAUACGUUACCUCAAACACACUAUGAUAUUAAAGGUUGUACAAUACUUACAUUCAAAGAAGACUUACCAUUGUUAAAGGAAAAAAUAACAGAGUAUUUUGACAACUUCAAACAAGUAGAGUAG